UUCAAUCCUUGAACUAUGGAAACCAAUUGCAACUGCAACAAGAGCUUCGCGGACAGUUACAUGUUGUUGAAGCCCGAGAAAGCAGGUUUCUUUGAUCUUCUCCGUCUCUUAACUUUCAGAAACAUAUCGCAAAGGAAGUUUGUGGAAAGCCAUGCAGCGGAUGAUUUCAAUGAAACUUUGGGUCAUCGAUGGCUCAUAUUUAUUUCUAUUUUGGCUCAGAAGCUUUUGCAGCUUGUGGCUAAACCGUUGUCACUCUUUGGAACUGGCGUUGAGCUUUUUAUCAACUUCAUUGCACUCAAUGAUGGCGUAUUCAGCCUUCUUUCUAACUUUCUCAAAGGUGCCUUGGUCUUUCCCGAUCCUAAAUCAGAAAAGUAUUUAUCUUUUGUCGGAAAUUUGGAUGUGCGGGUAAAGUUGGAUGCUACGCCUGAAGAUCUUAAGUACUAUCCUGCACUUUCUAUGAUGGCUUCCAAAGCAUCCUACGAGAACGAAGCUUUUCUUAAAACUACCGUGGAAGAUAAAUGGAAGAUGGAAUUUGUGGGACUGUACAACUGCAUGAAUGAGUAUCAAGGAAAGUCGACAACUCAAGUGUUAAUUGUUUUGGAUAAGCAUGAAGAUCAGCAUACAUAUGUCGUAGCUUUCAGAGGAACGGAGCCGUUCGAUGCUGAUGCAUGGUGCACUGAUCUGGACAUCUCCUGGUACGGAAUUCCCGGCGUUGGAAGAAUGCAUGGUGGGUUUAUGAAAGCCUUAGGGCUACAGAAAAACGUUGGGUGGACAAAGGAAGUUGGAGAGCGAGACGAGAGUCUUCCUCCCUUAGCCUACUACUUCAUCAGAGACAUUCUAAGAAAAGCUUUGAGCGAAAACGAGAAAGCAAAGUUCAUAGUGACAGGGCACAGUUUGGGAGGAGCACUCUCAAUACUGUUUGGGACGAUCUUGUGUUUGCACCAAGAGACAUUGCUGUUGGAGAGGUUGGAAGGGAUCUACACCUUCGGGCAACCAAGGGUUGGAGAUGAAGUGUAUGCAAAGUAUAUGAAACGAAAAUUAAAGGAACAUUGUAUCAGGUAUUUUAGGUUUGUCUACUGCAACGACCUUGUUCCGAGGUUGCCCUACGAUGACCAGGAAAUGAUGUUCAAGCACUUUGGGACAUGUCUUUUCUUUAACAGGCGCUAUGAACUUGAGGUUCUUGAAGAGCAACCGAAUAAGAACUACUUCUCACCGUGGUGCGUUAUACCUAUGAUGUUGAACGCAAUCUUGGAGCUGGUAAGGAGCUUCGUUAUCGUGUACCAAAGUGGACCUUAUUACAGAGAAGGAUGGUUUCUGUUUGGUUUCAGGACAAUAGGGUUAGUAAUACCUGGUCUACCUGCUCAUUGUCCUCAAGAUUACAUUAAUUCCACUCUUCUAGGAACCAUUGAAAAGCACUUCAAACUGGAGUGAUGAUGAGUGAGCAUCAAGAUGCAUUAGUUUCAUGUUUUAUAAGUCCAAUCUGAAUUAAUCCAAACAAAA